AUGUCUAAAUUAAUAGAUGCUUUACAUCAGCAGGAAAAAGAAUACAAUCAUAGACCCCCAAUUCAUUUACGUUCUUCCAAAAGUACAUCCAUUCGACAUAAUUUACUAUCACCUACAAGAACUACAAGUGGAUCGCUUCGAGGUGGCUCAACAAGAAGAAGAACAAAUAGUUUAACUAUUGCUGCAUCAAAAAAAGAUUUAAAAUUAUUACCAAGACUUGAAGAAGAGAAUGCCAAUUUACCACCACAAGAUUCAAUUGAAUUCAUUCUUGCCCAAAUUGAAAGGCAAAAUGCUAUUUUAGAUGAGGAUCCUAAAUCAGUUUGUAUUCAAUCCAAUCAAUUAAAAUGCACUCUAUCGACUAUACAACACCUUGCCUCGAAUGAACCAGAAGGAGGAGAAAGCAUUGAUUGGGAAUUUUGGACAGCAUUAACAGAAGAUUUUAGUGCAGUUGCACUCAAGUUGCCUCAUCUUGUGUCAGCCAAGAUAAGGGCGGGUAUACCAUCUAAAGUAAGGGGAGUCAUUUGGCAAGCUAUGUCACAGUCUGCUUCAUUGAAUUUAGAAACUGUUUACGGCCAACUUGUUGCUGAACAUUCACCUUAUGAGCGUAUUCUUCAACGUGAUCUCGCCCGUACCUUUCCCGGGAUUGACAUGUUUAAACAAGAAGGAGGAACAGGUCAACAAUCAUUGGAACGGGUUUUAAAAGCUUAUAGUCUGUAUGAUUCAUUGAUGCCAGAACAACAAGCUUUUUGUGUAUUUGUUAGAAUUAUGGAAACUUAUGAGAUGAGGUCGAUGUUUACACUCAACAUGGAAGGUUUACAGCUUCGACUUUAUCAAUUUUCAAAUCUAUUAGACCAAAUACUUCCUGAUUUAUCGAAUUUUUUAAGAGUACAUGAAGUGAAUGUGCCCAUGUAUGCCUCUCAGUGGUUUUUAACGUUAUUUGCGUAUGCUUUCCCUAUGGAGCUUAUCAUGCGUAUUUAUGAUAUUGUGUUUGCAGAGGGAGCAGCAGAGACGAUUAUGCGUGUGGCUAUUGCGAUGCUUAAGCGAUCCCAGGCUACUAUCAUGCAACUUAAUGAAUUUGAAGAUAUUCUUGAUUUUUUAUCUACAAAACUAUAUGAAGCAUAUCACCAUGACCCAGGCCAGGUCAUUUCAGAUGCCGUCAGUCUGAGUGGUCUCAUCACGAAAGAAAAAAUGGAUCAUAUUGCAGAGACAUAUGUGGCAGAGUUAGAACAAGAACAAAAGCAAACUGAACAAGUACUGGCAGUUCGAUUUAAUUUUUGGUCCAAUAAUAAAUCGAAUAAUCAUAGUCGAGCUGCAAAUCGAAAGAAAAAGACCAUGUCAUGGUAUAGUGUACCAAAGAAAUCCACUGACUCGGAUCGAUCCUCUAUUCAAUUACGAGAACCUGAUGUCUCUCAACUUCAUCAUCAAAUUGAAGACCUACUAUCGGCCUUAUCUCAAAUGCAACGAGAGACGAUUGAACUCAAGGAUGACUUGAUGCAAACACGUUUAGAAAAAAUGGAUGUGGAAGCAGAGCGAGAUGCUCUGAAGAUGACCAUCAAGACCUUUCACAGACAUGAAGAAGAUGCAACGCCACUUACAAGGGAGAACAGAAAGCUGAAGCAAGAGAAUGAAGAUUUACAACAACAGUUGGUCAUGUCAAAGGAUGCGUUAACUGCGCUUGUUGAGCGUAUGUUGGAUAUGAAGAAUAAAGUGGAUCUUCUUGAACAAGAUAACUUGAAAUGGAAGCAUGAAUGUCAAAAAUUGGAAAAUGAUAAAAAGAAAUUAAAACAACAGCUAUCAGUAUUCGUAGUUAGUAGUAGUAGUAAUAGUAAUAGUAGCAGUAGUAAUAGUAGUAGUAGUAAUAGUAGUAGUAAUAGUAGUACAUCAAAUCGACAUUCUUUUGCUCGUUUACGAAUUGUUUCUCUUGCCUUCAAGAUACUUGCUUCACGUUUUAAACGUUCCUUAACUCGUUCAUCUUCAGUCAUUGAAUUUUCAUCACGAGAGGUAGAUGACAUGACAGAUCGAUGUGCAUUCUCACGUUCUUCAUCUAAGAUUUGUCUAAACUUCAAGUAUUUAUCAUAA